CCCGCGGAGCGAAGUUUCUCCGCCGAGAGGCUGUUUCACCGGAAUCGCCCGGAAAACUUCAGAUCCGCGGGGAUCGAGGCCCAGGAGUUGGGAAGGGUCUCCUCCUGCAGGGGCUUCUGACUGUUUCUUCCAAAUGGAGCGCGAGCCCCCGAAUACGCAGCCCUAGCCCGCGGACCUUUGGUUUGGUUGAUUAAAAACCGUUUUGUAGAUAAAAAAAAUUGCCCGAAUGCCCCGAGGGCUGUUCGCUGGGAAGAGGCGCGAGCAGAAAAAUAACUAGACAUGGGCAAAGGGGACCCUAAGAAGCCGAGAGGCAAAAUGUCAUCAUAUGCCUUCUUCGUGCAAACCUGCCGGGAGGAGCACAAGAAGAAGCACCCGGACGCUUCCGUCAACUUUUCAGAGUUUUCUAAGAAGUGCUCAGAGAGGUGGAAGACUAUGUCUGCUAAAGAGAAAGGAAAAUUUGAAGACAUGGCCAAGGCGGACAAGGCCCGUUAUGAAAGAGAAAUGAAAACCUAUAUUCCUCCUAAAGGGGAGACAAAAAAGAAGUUCAAGGAUCCCAAUGCACCCAAGAGGCCUCCUUCGGCCUUUUUCUUGUUUUGUUCUGAGUAUCGCCCAAAAAUCAAAGGCGAGCAUCCUGGCUUGUCCAUUGGCGAUGUUGCAAAGAAACUGGGAGAGAUGUGGAAUAACACCGCUGCGGAUGACAAGCAGCCUUAUGAAAAGAAGGCUGCCAAGCUGAAGGAGAAAUACGAAAAGGAUAUUGCUGCAUACCGAGCUAAAGGAAAGCCUGAUGCUGCAAAAAAGGGAGUUGUCAAGGCUGAGAAAAGCAAGAAAAAGAAGGAGGAGGAGGAAGACGAAGAAGAUGAGGAAGAUGAGGAGGAAGAGGAAGAUGAAGAAGAUGAAGAUGAAGAAGAUGAUGAUGAUGAUGAAUAAGUCAGUUCUAGCGCAGUUUUUUUUUUUCUUGUCUAUAAAGCAUUUAACCCCCCUGUACACAACUCACUCCUUCUAAAGAAAAAAAUUGAAAUGUAAGGCUGUGUAAGAUUUGUUUUUAAACUGUACAGUGUCUUUUUUUGUAUAGUUAACACACUACCGAAUGUGUCUUUAGAUAGCCCUGUCCUGGUGGUUUUUUCAAUAGCCACUAACCUUGCCUGGUACAGUAUGGGGGUUGUAAAUUGGCAUGGAAAUUUAAAGCAGGUUCUUGUUGGUGCACAGCACAAAUUAGUUAUAUAUGGGGAUGGUAGUUUUUUCAUCUUCAGUUGUCUCUGAUGCAGCUUAUCUGAAAUAAUUGUCGUUCUGUUAACUGAAUACCACUCUGUAAUUGCAAAAAAAAAAAAGUUGCAGCUGUUUUGUUGACAUUCUGAAUGCUUCUAAGUAAAUACAAUUUUUUUUAUUAGUAUUGUUGUCCUUUUCAUAGGUCUGAAAUUCUUCUUGAGGGGAAGCUAGUCUUUUGCUUUUGCCCAUUUUGAAUCACAUGAUAUUAUGACUGUUCAUCUUUUCCAUGUAGUUCGCUGAUAAGCUUUCAUCUGCACACUUGUGAUGGGGGUAAUAAAAUUGAAUUGCGACAGUUUUCAUCCAGAGUUGAAACUCAGAAAUCUAGAUCAGUUGAAAUCAAACUUUGCAUAGCCCAGUGACCACAUUUACAAAGUAAAGACUAACCAAUCUAUUCACAGGAUGGGAGUAUUGGCCAUUCAGUAAUGUGUCCUUGAAGGACUAAUAGAAAGCUAUAUUCUAAUCUUUACAGGAGGACUCUACAAGUCUUUUAACUGCCGUUACCAUGUAAUGGCAGUUAUAUUUGCAGUUCCCAUGUUAAAGAAGGCCUGAGAGUGUAUCCCCAAAAGCGUGAGCUUAAAAUACAAGACUGCCGUGAUAAACUUUGUUGACAUUAGUCCCGCCGAAGGCUUUAUGAAAGUGCUGGCCAUAAACAUAACUUGAGAUUCUCCAUUAUAAUUAAAUAUUUUAAAUUAGUUCGGCCAGUUUUUGAAACAAUGGUGUCACAUUUAAAGUGGUAUGUUUUCAUAUAUUGUGAUUUGCCCCUUUAUGAAUGAGAUAGACAUAAGAAAAGAAGACACUUGAACUUUGCAUCUCAGUACCGGUUACCCAAUUUAUUUGAAUUCGCUUUUUCUUUAUAAAACCCAUACUCAUUCACUGGGGUCAUUUUUACCUGCUUAGCAGCUUAGGGAACAAUUUGGCGACUGUGGUUUUUGAGAGUAUCGUUCUCUUAAAGUGCCAGUGUGUUAAAAUAGCGUUCUUAUAAUUUUACAUGCUUUUGUGGUGGAGUACUGUUUUGUUUUAUUAUUUGACUUUUGGAUUCUUUCCAUUUGCAUUUGUUUAUGUAUGAUUUCAGGAGGAAUACUGAACAUCUGAGUCCUGGAUAAUACUAAUAAACUAAUAAUUGCAGAGGUUUUAAA